AUGCAAAGGGGACCAAAGAAGGACAGCGUGGAGCAUCCAGAGUCUUACCACCUCCACGUAUACACUACAAGCAACAAUUGCCGCAUCGUUUUCACCUAUCCAUCCGGCAAGCUUGUCAAGAACGGAUGGUGGACAAGUGGUUCAUGUGGUUUCAAGGGAGCGAAUAAAAGCAGCUAUGAAGCAGGAUAUCAGUGUGCUGUGCGCGCUUUCAAGCGCAUCGAAGAGGAAAUAACCAGGCCGAACUUGAAGGAUGGUGGUGUGUACCCUGUCAGGCUCGCGCUGAAGUUUAAAGGGUUCGGGUGGGGGAGGGAAGCGGUUCAAAAAGCGUUUAUGACUUCUGAGGGGGAUAACAUCCGGUCGUCAGUGUUUUCAGUUGAGGACAGGACACCUAUAAAGAUCGGAGGGACGAGGGCAAAGAAAGCAAGGCGACUAUAG